AUGUGUGUUCGAAUGCAUUUUAAUAUUGACUUAAAUGUUUUGAAAAGUAAAUAUAAAUGCAAUAAAAUAGUUAAUGAUGACAAAGUAAAAAGAGGAAUGAUCAACAAGAAAAAUUAUGUACCCAUCAUUUUUGAAAGUGCUGAAAAUUCCACAUCAAAAGAAAAAAUUAUUAAUGUGUGCCUAUGGGGAAUUUCUCCUUUUACUUAUGGAAAAACAGAAAAAGACUUUGCUUUGAUUAAUGCUAGAUUGGAGACCCUACACAUAAAAAAAUCAUUCAGUGUAUUAAUAAAUAAAAAUAGAUGUGCUGUCAUUGUCAAUGGUUACUUUGAAUGGAUGGGUAACGAAGGAUCCUCAAAAAAAAUUCCAUAUUAUAUAUACAAUGGUAACACAAAUAAUAAAAAUGAAUUAGCAAUUAAAAAAGAAGAAUUGAAUAAUGUACAAUCUGAUAAUUAUAAAUCAGAAAAUGAAGACAAUGAUAGUAAAAUAAAAAAGGAUGAGGAUAACAAACAGGGAAAUGUACAAGUAAAGGAUGAAAUAAAAGAUGAAAUAAAAGAUGAAGCAAAAGAUGAAAUAAAAGAUGAAACAAAAGAUGAAACAAAAGAUGAAACAAAAAAUGAAACAAAAGAUGAAAUAAAAGAUGAAGUAAAUGAAGAACAAGAUGAAGUAAAUGAAGAACAAGAUGAAGUAAAUGAAGAACAAGAUGAAGAUCAAUUAGUUGAUGGAAAUUCUCAUAAGCGAAAAAAAGUUAUAAAUGAAGAAACCUCUAAUAAAAAAAUAAAAAAAGAACUUUCUGAUGAAGUAGAUAAUUUAAAUAAUAUAGAAAACAACGAAAAUGACAAGAAACAAGAAAACUCCUCAUACAUAAUUCUUGCUGGGUUAUAUACUGUAUCUAAUGAUAAAAAGAAAGAAUGUCGAAAUACUAUAAUCACAACUUCGAGUGAAAAUACGAACUUACAAGAUAUCCACGAGAGAUGCCCUCUACUUCUUAGUGAAAAUACCUUAUCCCUUUGGCUAGAUGUAGAAAAAAAAUACACAGAUAUAAUAGAUAAAGUUAAAGAGGAACACAUCAUCAUGAGCUCCCAAUUAAAAUUUAGGGAAGUUCAAAACUGGAAUGAUUUUACAAACUAUACGAAAGAAUAUAAAAAGGAUUCUAUUUUAAAAUAUGUUAAAAAAAAUGAAAAUAACUAA